UCUGCGUCCAUCGCACGAUGCGGCUUCCCUUCUGCAUAUCAAUACUAAUCGGUUGCGCUGUCGCGGAGUUCCUGAAUCCCUACCCUCCGGUGGCAGCGUUGUUCGGACCCCGAGACAAAUUCAUCUGCAAUGCCGUUGUUCUGGGUAAAGGCAAAAUCCUCACAUCGGCCGAUUGUGUUUAUCUGAAGAAAAAUGGAUCCCACUCGCCGGGCAUGCCCGAGGAAUUUCACGUUGCUCUGGAAACUCACACGAUCGGACAGUUCCAACGCGGGAAAGGAGUCAAUAGGAAAGACGUAAAACGGAGAUAUCUGGAAAAGUUGAGUCAGAAGUUUGGGAAAAAGUAUGAUAACAAGUACGGCAAUGAACUGCUUUCGGAUAAGCUCAAACCAGAAGAGUUGAACUUCCUGAAAAAGGUGCUCCAGUCCAAUGGAGUGGGUCCCAAGCCCAGCAGUUCGAACUUCGUUCCGGUAUUGAACUACAAGUUUCAUCCCGAAUUCAACAGGUCGGAUCAGUUCACGAACGACUUAGUAGUGCUUGAAGUGCCGGAACGCUUUCCAACUGAAAAUAAUUCGAUUGCUGAAUUGUCACCAACCAGUGCGGAAUUGGCCUUCAAUCGAGUCGUUCAGGUGCACGGGUUUGGAAUUUUGAGUCACGGUGCGAACGAAAAAAAUCGACCGUCUUAUUUCAAGAUUCGAACAGUGGAGAUGUAUUUGCUACCGCCGAUGAGAUGCCAGGAGGUUUUGAAUGAUCUGUUCAAGCCCGAUCAGCAUUUAUGCUUGAUGCCUAAGUGGAAUGAAACGUUGUGUAUGGGAUUCACCGGUGCACCAAUCGUUUUGGAGGGAAAACUAAUUGGAAUCGUUGAAUUCGGUCAUAGGAGCUGUAGUUUGAAGCUUCCGGUCAUUGGGAUUCGACUGGACACGUUCCGCAAUUCCUUAGGCUUGGCAAAUCCAUUGUUCUUGGAUCUCUUUCUGAAACUUGCAACGUUUUCUUGAGUUUUUCAUUGUGGCAUCGUAAUAGUUGUACUUGAUUUACAAAUUGAGCUUGAAGGAGACCUUUUUGGGCAACACCACUUUCCCUGUUCCCAACGUGUAUUGCUUAGUUGUAUUCCAACCCAAUGACUUGAUUUGAAGUACGAAAUUAAUUAAAAUCUGCAGAUUUUUGGUGUUAUGCACAACAUCAAGUAACUUAGUAGAAAUGUGACUGGACAAUUAUGACCGUGGACGGACAUCAUGGUUCUACCGUUCUGGCCAAAUUAAUCCAAUCCAUAAAAGUCAACAGAAUAUAAAACUUGUAAUAUCAUGAUUGUAUAAAUAACCUUCUAGAUUAUUACUGAAUUAGAUUAGAUUAGAAGAAAACUCGA